GCCGAGCACAGUGUCGUUUCGAGUUGGGGCGAAAGAGCACAUUUUGUGACGACUUGCCUUUCCGGGUGUGCCGAUGUCGCGAAUUUUACUUGAGAGGCGAGGCAUUUAAAAUCAACUGCCCAUACUCCGUACUCGGGUAAGGAAGGUAUGCCGUCCUUAACCGGCCCGAUCCGAGUGCCCUUUCCAUCACACCCGACUUCACUGUGAAGAAUACCAAUAGCCACCCCAAGUUGACAAUCCUGUGACUCAACAACGGCAGGACAGUCUGACAUCUAACACCCCCGGCCAUCCAUUGGAUCUUUUGGGACGAGAGUUGCCCACUUGGAUUAUCAUUUCGGGCUGAAUACCUCAUCAACAUAACCAACAACACCGACAAUUGAACUCCCUGGAUCCAACCAUGAUCAAACACAUCACGGUCGGUGUCCUCGCCCUCCAAGGAGGUGUCGUCGAGCACCUCAACCUUCUCCGCAAAGCCGCGUCUCAACUCCAGUCCUCAUCACCCAAAUCUCAUGAUGGCGUCGAAUUCAUCUUCACCGAAGUCCGCACAACGCCACAACUAGCCCAAUGCGACGCCUUGAUCAUCCCCGGCGGCGAGUCCACCACGAUGGCCAUCGUCGCCCGCCGCCUCGGUCUUCUCGACCCUCUCCGGGAAUUCGUCAAAGUGCAACACAAACCUGUCUGGGGCACCUGUGCAGGGCUGGUCAUGCUGGCCGAGCAGGCCUCCGCCACCAAGCAGGGCGGUCAGGAGCUUGUGGGCGGGCUGGACGUGCGGGUGCUGCGCAACCGGUACGGGACGCAGAUCCAGAGCUUUGUUGCCGGACUCGACUUAGGGUUUCUCGGGGAGGGCGAGCAGCCGUUUCGGGCUGUGUUUAUUCGUGCCCCCGUCGUGGAAGACGUCAUCACUCCAGGUCCUAGUCAGACUGAGGGGCAAGGAAAGGCGCCGGUGGAAGUGUUGGGUGUCUACAAGGGGGAGGGUCAACAUAAUUCGAGUGAGCAGGGGAAGGGGGAUAUCGUUGCCGUCAGGCAAGGGAACGUGUUCGGCACGAGCUUUCACCCAGAGUUGACGGGCGAUGUGAGGAUACAUGUGUGGUGGUUGAAGCAGGUCCUGGAGGUAGUCCGGCAUGGGGAGCUGGUUGUCAAUGGCGCAUGAAUUAGGUUUGAAAUUGCAAGGCGUUCUGGGAAAAGAUAAGAUACGAAUGAUAGAGGUUCACUUGACGUCAGAUCAACAGCAUGCCGAUAGAAUUAGAGAAAGCUACCCGAGUGCUCGGAGCUCUCCUAACAUGAAAGCCAUUCAACCCUUU